AUGUCCCGCAUAACCAUUGACGAGACGUCCCCGUCGGGAGAGGUCCUGAAUACGUAUGUCAUGACCCAAUCAGGAGGCAUAGAGACAACGGGCUCCUCGCGAAAUUCGCCUUCCUCCACUGGCCGAAUCGAUGUUGUUCCUCCUGAUCCGUUGAAGCCUGCCGCCAGCUCCUUUCCCCCACCGACCACAGUCUUUCGCAGACUGCUCGAACCGUUCCUGCCAGUAGGGUACCCUGAUAGUGUUUCUCCUGACUAUACGCCUUACCAGAUCUACGACUCCCUACAAGCGCUCUUCUCCACAACGGCCUCGCUCCUCGCCUCACGCGCCGUCCUCACCACACUCGGUGUGGGCUCCAGCGACGCCACCACCUCGUUCGCCAUGUAUCUGUCCAUCGCCCAAUCGACGCUCUCCAACGUCACGUCCAUCCUCUUCGCGCACCGCUUCUCCACCGCCAUCGCCGGGCACGUCAAGUUCUUCCGCUUCUUCGCCGACAUUGUCAACGACAGUGCCUUCGUGCUAGACGUGCUGUCGCCGUCGCUGCCGCCGUGGGGCCGCGUCCCAGCGCUCUGUGCGGCCAGUUGCUGUCGCGCGGUCUGCGGUGUGGCGGGUGGGGCGAGCAAAGCGAUUCUGAGCGGCCACUUCGCAAAGGGGGGAAAUGUGGGGGAACUGGCGGCGAAGGAUGGAAGUCAAGAGGUUCUAGUCAAUUUGGUGGGGAUGUGGAUUGGUGGGUUUGUAGUGGGCAGGAUCGAAGGGCCUUUGGUCACGUGGGGAGUGCUGUUGGUGCUAUUAGCUGGACACCUGUGGGCGAAUUGGGCGGCUGUAAGUAGUGUGAGGUUGAGAACAUUGGAGGGCGGGAGGAUGGCAAUGGUCGGAGCGAGGCUGAUGGAGGGGAGUGGAGUCAGCGUCGAGGAGGUUGGGAGGGAGGAGAGCAUCUUGCUUGACGUUGCCCAGACUGGAAGAAAGAACAUGCCGCUGCGAUUACGCGGAAAAGUGGUAGGGACGUGCUGCUUCGGAGGCGUCAGAGGCCUACUGGCAUGUGCUGGAUGGAGCAGCCAGGCAGGUGAUAGGGCGUAUGUCGGAGAUGCGCCAUCUUUACGAUCACUGAUCGAGAUUUUCCAGGAAGAAAAUUACCUGCUCUGGUGGGAUUGGAAGGCUCGCCGCUGUGUCGUUUUGUUGAAGGGCGGCGGCGACGUGGCCGCCCAACUCAAGGCCAUGUGUCAUGCAUUCAGAAUUUGUGGGACUGUGGGUCACGACACCGAGCGCAAGACAGCGCUGGAUAUCAUUAGGGAAACCCUUGUCAUAAAUCGCGCGGAAUGGUCGCGGCUAUCAACCGCCGUUCGCGUGGGAGGCUGGAAGUUCGAGACCUCUGACUCAAUGGCGGGCUCAGGAACGCGAUUCGAAGUCAGACCGUCCAAAUAG